AUGAUCCCUGUCAUCACCGAAGAUGUCGUGGAGGCCUUGGCAACAGCUCAGAAUAUUCACAAAAUCGCAUUUCGAUAUGCUGACACCACAAAUCCAUCCUAUAAAGAGUUCGGAGAAGAUAUCAGGAAGCUUGCUAUCAACCUAGACCUUCUUCUCAAUGUUCUGCAACGAGCAGAGUACCAGGGUGGUCCUCCCAACCAAACAAGACAGAACCCAGGCCCUGGGGCCGAAGACCAAGUUCUAGGUGACUUUAAAGGAACGUUGAAUGACUGCGAGAUCCUAUUAAAUAAUCAACGAUUCUUCCAGAGAAGUGGAGGUUUUGUGAAGAAUCUCUGCUGGUAUUCACAGGUUGAACCUGAAGUUCGAAACAUCAGAGAACGCAUGACAUGCCUCAACAUCAAGUUCUCUAUCAUCUUCAAUAUCCUUGAUCCUCAAGUGCUAGAAGAUCGCUCCUUAUAUGUUGUUGAUUUGACAGCUGAUAUCCUUAGUUGUGCAGAACAAUUGGGACACCAAGUACAUGAAGACGGGGGAAGCAGGGUCCGACUUAGUCAAGGACAAGGAAAUGUUGUGAUUCCACCCGAACUCGAGGAUAAGUUCAUGAGAACCACUCGACAGACAAAUCCUGACCAGUUUAAAAUGGAUUAUGGUCUAGAUGCAGGCAUCCGCUACUUUAAUAGCAUUACGAGGGUGGCAGAUCAUGCGACGCAAAGCGAUAUCAUAUAUCAUGUUGCGAUCAUUGGCUUGAUGAUGGCUCUUUGGCUCGUCAAGAUUGUUAGAGGUUCUCGGGAGUACCACGCUACAAGAAGCUUGCCGUCCAAUAAUGCGUUUAUGCGUCAGAUGGACGAUUGGGGAAUGACAAUUGAGAGAUUCUUUGACCAUUUCGAAGAGAUUUUGCAAGAGGCGAUGCGACGUAUCCUUGGUAGUCACUUAAUUCUUCCUCCAACGAUAGAUCUAUUAGCUCUUUUCGAAAGACAAAGACCUCUCGAUCAAAUAAUCAAUCCAAUCGUGCAUCUGCAACGAGCUCCACAACCCGAAGGCGCCAAGCAGUUUCCACUAAAGCAGCGAAGACUGGUCGAGAUGGAAGAUACAUCGAAACCGAACAGGGAGGUAGAGCUAUCGGUAGAACCACCAAGUCCUUGGAAAGACCGAACUCCACAAUUUCAACAACCUCCACCACUUCAACCAACUCCACAGCUUCAACAACCUCCACCACUUCAACCAGCUCCACAGCUUCAACCAACUCCACAGCUUCAACAACCUCCACCACUUCAACCAGCUCCACAGCUUCAACAACCUCCACCACUUCAACAAUCGCCACAGUUUCAGCAAGCAGAUCAAUAUUCACGAAAAAAGCAAGCUCCAAUCGAAAUGGAAGACACUUCAAUACCAAGCUGGGACCUAGAACGAGUACAUCGUGACUUGAGAGAAAGGGGAACGUGGGUGCUCACGAUUCCAUUUCGAAACGUCACUAACUAUACCAGGCUUCUCAAGAGUCCAGAUCAAAACUACACCCAGACUUUGCGGAUCCUGAGGCAGACAGAGUCGCACUCGAGCCUGGUGCUGAUGAUGACGCCUCUUUCGGAAGGCAGAGAGAAAGAAACAACAGACAACUAUGAGCUCGACAAGGUCCAGAUUGUUCCAUCUUACGCAAUGCGGACCUGGACAUCAUCAUCGCUAGAGCCUCAAACCAUCCUUUUCCGCACAGAUCACAGAUCACCUCUCUCUCGAACACUUGUAUUUCAACAAAAAAAAGGUUUGAUUUUGGAGCACACUUGUGACGAAGAUCAUAAAUUAAGGUUGAAUUUAGACAUGUUCGAAUUUCAGCACAAGCUCACAGGGUAUAAUGUAGGAUACGAUGAAGCGCGGGUGCUCGCAACCUCACAAGAAUCAACGCUACUUGGCGGCUCCAGUCGUCAAGACCUGUGCAGACUCCAACUUUGGUAUGCACCAACUCCAAACCCCGAAGAAAACCUAGCCCUGCUAUCACCUGCACCCCCUCCUGUAUCUACGGCUCCUGGCUCGAAACGAACGUCUUGGUCGUCGAGAUCCACUAGCUCCAGCUCUGGUAGCCGUACGAAAAGGCUGUCGACACCAUCCAUUUUCUCGAUACGGUCAUCCUCGUCGGGUCGAAGCUCUGUCGCUGUUGACCCGCCAUCUUAUACAGCCCCGACAAGUUCAAGGGUUGCUGUCCAUACCGCGCCAAUCGCGCCAUGUGCUGUACUAUUUGCACACAAAGCGCCUACACUGGCUGAAAAGUUGGAAGGAAGGGACGUCUCGAGGUCGUUCUUGGUCAUCGAAAUUGAACCAGAAGUUACCGUAGAAGAGGAACAAAACGAGCAAGAAGAAAUAGACCCAACAUCUUUUCGUUGCGUCGUAGUGAGAAAAUCAUCCUAUCUUCCAGCAAGAAGGUCACUCGAAACCAGCGAUCCUGCGUUAUGGGAUCUUGCUGCUGUCGGUCUAUAUCAACGAGAAGCAGAGACAGUAGUUGUGAAGAAGCUGAAGCAUAUCAUUCUUCAGUUUGAUACCCAGAAUGAUCUUACACAAUUCAUGACGAAAUUCAAUCAGCUCAAGGCUGUAGCGAAUAUAAAGUUAACGAAGUUCAUACAGGCAACAGGAGAGAGGAAGUGAAGAGCUCUAACUACUGGGAUCCAGGCUGGCGAUGAAUAUGAGAAACUCGCUUAAAAUGGGCGCUUGCUCAUUUGAGCUCAAGGGUAACGUGUUCGAACCUGGGAGAAGAAAAGAUGAAGAACAAUAUCAAGCAUGGC